AUGCCGAAGAAGAAGGGCAACCUCAAGGCGGCGCUGCAGGGCCACUUUGCGCAGCAAGAGCAGAAGGCGAGAGAGCGAGCUGCACAGGAAGCAGCACGACGCAAGGCUCUCUCCGUGGCUAAGUCGGGCGGCUCGCGUCCGAAGGGCUUCAAACGCAAGCCGCAAAGUCAUCAAGCUUCCGACGAUGCUGACUCGCCAAUCUCGGCGUCGCUUACAGAAGGCAGCGAAGUGAUCACGACGGGACUAGCGAGGCGGAAGCGUCUUCCGCAGCCCUUUGCAAGAGAUGAUACGAUCCUCAUCGUUGGAGAAGCCAACUUCUCCUUCACGCUGUCCCUGCUCCUCCCUCCGCGCUCGCAUCCGCCAUCACAGAUCCUCGCAACAGCUUACGACUCGGAGCAGGAAUGCUUCUCAAAGUAUCCCGAUGCGCGCGAGAACGUCGAGAAGAUCCGUCGCUUAGCAGGGCGCGAUGACAUCGUCCUUUUCGGUGUAGAUGCCGGGCAGCUGGACAAGUACAAGCAGGUCACAGGGGCUUCGAAGAAGUCUCAGGUCAGCCGCAACCUCGAUGAUAGCUACGGAGAGGCAUCCAGCUCGAAGGCGGCAGAUUCGGCCCAAAGGAGGUGGAGCAAGGUCUGGUUUGGCUUUCCGCACGUGGGGGCGGGUCACAAGGACGAGACGCGCAAUGUGCUCGCCAACCAGCUGCUCAUACUGCGAUUCCUCAUUUCGGUCGCACCCUAUCUCACUGCUGGACCUUUGCCAGGCUAUGCGCCAGGCGGCUCCUCUGGCUCUCGCAAGCAGACUGGCUCGGACGAUGAGGACGAUCUGGAAGACGAGAAGGAGGACGACGCCUCCGAUUACGAAGACAACCUCCUCACCUCGACCAACGAUGCGGAUCAAUCGAUUCUCGACGAAACACAAGCACGCAUCUCAGCUCUACAGCCCUUUGUUCCUCCCUCACGCCAAGGUUCAGUCCUCGUGACCCUCCGCAAUGCCUCACCAUACACCUUGUGGGACGUCGCCAACCUCGCCAAGCGUCUGCCGCAGAUGCUGCCUGUCAUCGCGUCCACCGCGCCAGCCUUACCGAAGGGAGUCAAAAAGCCCACUUUGAAAGAUCUCACCGCUAGCGGGCUAUCGACGUUGAGUGCCACCAACCUUCACUCACGAGCUGCCUCGCAGAAUGGCGGCAAAGCUUCGUCCAAAAGCGUGAGAAGGUAUAGGAGCUAUCACCUGUGGCGGAGCUUCGAAUUCGACCCCACGGAAUGGCGCGGCUAUCAACAUCGCAGGACUAUUGGAUGGGUGAAGGGCGUGAGCAGCAGCGCCAACGAAGACCUGCUCAGGUCCAGGUCGCAUCACAAGGAGCAGGAAGGAAACGUGCGGGCGAGCAAGGCUGGUGGCGGCGAAUGUCGAACGUGGGAAUUCGGAUUGGGUUGA